GCUGGAUGUCUACGUAUUGGUCCAGUAGCGUGGAAACUGGGAGCCCAUCGUGGAACUUGGGAACGGAUGCCCUGUCGAACAGGUAGCUUCUGUGUAUAUAUAUGGGCUGAAUGCUUGGUGCAAUCCAUGCAAAACGCACACGCAGUGACCUAGCAGAUACACAGAGAGCUAUACACUCUUUGGUUGCACGAACAUCAGUUAAGAUGGCAGGGCAUCGCGCUGCUGCCUACGUGUUCACGGUGGCGCUGGCACUCGGCGUGCUCGCCUCCAUUCCGGCAGCUGUCCAGUCCAUCGGCGUGUGCUACGGCGUGAUCGGCGACGGCCUGCCCUCGGCGAGCGACGUCGUGCAGCUCUACAGGUCCAAGGGCAUCACCGGCAUGCGCAUCUACUUCCCCGACAGCAACGCCCUCCGGGCACUGAGCGGCAGCGGCAUCAACCUCGUUAUCGACACGGGCAAUGACCAGCUCCGCAACCUCGCCGCCAGUACCUCCAACGCAGCCGCCUGGGUCAAGGCCAACAUUCAGGCCUACCAGGGCCUCACCAUCAGGUAUAUCACGGUCGGCAACGAGGUGGCCGGCAGCGACACGCAGUUCAUCCUCCCGGCUAUGAAGAACGUCAACGCCGCGCUCUCCGCCGCAGGCCUCGGCGGCAUCAAGGUGUCCACGGCGGUGCAGUUCGAUGUGUUCACCAACACCUACCCGCCCUCCAGCGGCGUGUUCGCGGACGACGACUUCAUGGACCCCAUCGCGGAGUACCUGGAGAGCACUGGCGCGCCGCUGCUGGCCAACGUGUACCCGUACUUCGCCUACGUACGCGACACGACGAACAUCCAUCUCGACUACGCGACCUUCCAGCCGGGCACCACCGUGACCGACAACGGCAAUGGGUUGACGUACACGAGCCUCUUCGACGCCAUGGUCGACUCCAUCUACGCCGCGCUGGAGGACUCUGGCAGACCGGGGGUGAAGGUCGUCGUGUCCGAGACCGGAUGGCCGUCCAGCGGCAGCUUCGCCGCGACGGUCCAGAACGCGAGGACGUACAACCAGAAUCUGAUCAACCAUGUCGGUGGGGGCACGCCCAAGAGGCCCGGGCUGCUGGAGACGUACAUGUUCGCCAUGUUUAACGAGAACCUCAAGACAGGUGAUGAGACGGAGAGGCACUUUGGGCUGUUCAAUCCGGACAAGUCGCCGGCCUACACCCUUACAGAACUACCACAGCCGCAGGUGCGAUCCAUCGGCGUGUGCAACGGGAUGAUCGGCGACAACCUGCCGUCCCGGACCGACGUGGUGCAGUUCUACCAGUCCCAGGGCAUCGGCGCCAUGCGCAUCUACGCCCCGGACCAGGAGACGCUCCGGGCGCUCGACGGCACCGGUAUCGAACUCAUCAUGGACGUGGGCAACGACAACCUCGCCGCCCUCGCCUCCGGCCCGGACGCCGCGUACGCCUGGGUCCGUGACAACGUCCUACCUCACCCGGGCGUCCGCAUCAAGUACAUCGCAGCCGGCAACGAGGUGCCCGACGCCGGCACGGGAAGCAUCCUCCCGGCCAUGCAGAACCUCAACGGCGCGCUCUUGGCGGCCGGACGCGGCGACAUCAAGGUCACCACGGCGGUCAAGAUGAGCGUGCUCGCGUCCUCCUCGCCGCCCUCCGAGGGAGCGUUCAAGGACGCGUACAUGACAGAGGUCGCCAGGUUCCUGGCGAGCACCGGCGCGCCGCUCCUCGCCAACGUGUACCCCUACUUCGCCUACAUUGACAACCCGAGCGACAUCCCGCUAAGCUACGCGACGUUCCAGCCAGGCACGACGACGGUGGGCGACAACAACGGGCUCACCUACACGAACCUCUUCGACGCCAUGGUGGACGCUCUGUACACGGCCAUGGAGAAGGCAGGUUCGCCGGCUGUGCCCAUCGUGGUCUCGGAGAGCGGCUGGCCCUCCGACGGCGGUGUUGGCGCGAGCAUCGCUAACGCGCAGACGUACAACCAGAACCUGAUCAACCACGUCGGCAAUGGCACACCCAAGAGGCCCGGGCCGCUGGAGGCGUACAUAUUCGCCAUGUUCAACGAGAACUUGAAGGAGGGUCAUGAGACGGAGAAUCACUUUGGGCUGUUCAACGGCCCGGACAAGUCGCCGGCGUACCCUAUAAAUUUCAACAAUUAA